AUGGAUGAGGAUCAACUUCUGGACUACGAAGAGGAGCAGGAGGAGGCUGUAGAUGCGGCCGAAAAGCCGGAAAAUGGUUCCGGUGCUGACACCAAGAAAAUGAAGGUAUGUUGAGUUAGAUUAUUGUUUUUAUUGAUUUAGAUAGGAAAGGAUGGAAAUUUAUAUCGUUUACAAGCUAGUGUUAGUAUACUUUAUGGUUUUUAAAGCUUCAUCAUUUUAUUCAGGCUUUAGUUUGUGGUUUUAACUAUUUUCUUACUUUAGAUAAAAGGAAAUAGAUGUUCUUUAUGCUUUUUGGUAUUUAGGCAUCUUUUUGAAGCCGGAUUGCUUAAGUUUUACAUUUUUAGACGCAGAAAAGACUGCUUGAUCUUUUAAUAAGUGUUUAAAACCUUUUUGAUUAAGUUUUACCAUUGAAAUCAAUAAUCAACAACAAAAAUCUAUAACAAUAUCUAUUUCAGGGUCACUAUGCUUCCAUUCACAGUUCCGGUUUCCGCGAUCUCAUGCUUCGUCCCGAACUCCUUCGUGCCAUCAUUGACUGUGGUUUCGAGCAUCCGUCGGAAGUGCAGCACGAAUGUAUUCCUCAAGCGAUCUUGGGUAUGGAUGUGAUUUGCCAGGCUAAGUCUGGAAUGGGUAAAACCGCCGUCUUCGUUCUGGCCACGCUUCAGCAGAUUCAGCCGGUCGAUGGCGAGGUUUCGGUGUUGGUUAUGUGCCACACCAGGGAGCUCGCUUUCCAGAUCAACAAGGAGUACGAGAGAUUCGCCAAGUACAUGCCAAACUUGAAGGUUAGUUAGUUUUUUGUUGUUUUUUUGGGAUUUUUAGAGGGAUGAGAUGGCUCUUGAGCUUAAAUGUGAUUAGAGCAAUGUUUUUUAAUCAAAAAUGAUCUUUUCAAUGAGAUAGUGUUAUGAUUUUACUCAAGUUCGAUAUUAUACUUUAUGUUUUCGCUCGGAAGUUGACUUUUCACGAAACUUUUUUGAUAAAAAACAAUGCAAAUAAGCCUUUACAUCUUUUAACCUCAAUAUUUUCAGACAGCCGUCUUUUUCGGUGGAAUGCCGAUCAAGAAGGACGAGGAGAAGUUGAAGACCAACACUCCACACAUUGUCGUGGGCACUCCAGGUCGAUUGUUGGCGUUGGUCAACUCGAAGGCCUUGGACUUGUCCAAUGUUAAAUACUUUAUCCUAGAUGAAUGUGACAAGAUGAUUGGUGACGAGGACAUGAGACGUGAUGUACAACAAAUUUUUAGGCAAACUCCCACCGAGAAGCAGGUCAUGAUGUUUUCGGCUACGUUACCAAAGGAAUUGAGAGUGGUUGCCAAGAAGUUCAUGCAAUCGGUAAGGGUUUUUACUUUGUUUUUGUUUUUUUUAGGUGUUAAGAUGCUUUUAAAUGAUUUGGUUUGGUUUAGUGUAGGAAAAUGUAACUUUUAACCUUAAAAUUAGGUUGUUUAAUGAAAUUCUGGUUUUUUGAGCUAAAAAUGAAAGAUUUAGCUUCAGAAACUUCAAAUUUUGGCUUAUAUUGAUGUAAAGAAUAAUUAAUUGAUAUUGUUAUAGCCAAUGGAAGUGUUUGUGGACGACGAUGCCAAGUUGACGUUGCACGGUCUUCAACAGUACUAUGUCAAGCUGAAGGAGAGCGAGAAGAACCGAAAGUUGUUGGAAUUGCUCGAUGCUCUCGAGUUCAAUCAGGUAAUGAUUUUUUAAUUGAUUUACGUUGAAAAAGGGUUAAUUUUGUCUUUUUUUUAUUUAUGAGAUUAAUACCUAUUUUUUGAUGAAAAUGAAUAUUGAUAUCUUUUUUAAAAUAAAAAUUUUCUUUUUGUCUUGAUCAUAAAAUUCAUAAAAAUGUUAUAAUGUCCUAACUUAUGACAUUAUCCACAACGCAAGUCAGCAGUUCAACCCCUCGACCUUCGGGACGAAGUGAUGGUCGAAUUGUGUUACCGGUGUGGUAGAAUAAAGCUAGAUUAGUCGGUGACAGUCAUCAAGAUGUUCAGUUUUUGGGCGUUUUAUCGAUUUGUCAUCGGCUUUUCGUCCGGUAUGGUUUUGGGGCUUUAAAGCAGAGAGUUUGUGCAAAAUUGUUUAGUGUUUUGCUCAUUAGUAUUGCUUUGGACAUUCAUUUUAUCAAAAAUUGUAAAAUUUUUAAUUAUUUUUAAAAAAUUUAAGGUAUUGAGCAAUGUUCGUUAAUUUAAGUAAUACAGUUGAUAUUACUUUGUAAAAUUCGUCAUUAAACUAUUUUAAUGUAAAAUUUUGCAGGUGGUGAUAUUCCUCAAGAGCGUUCAAAGAUGCCAAGCAUUGAACCAGCUGUUGACGGAACAAAACUUCCCCUCGAUUGCUAUUCAUCGUCAGAUGUCACAAGAAGAACGAUUGUCUAGAUACCAGCAAUUCAAAGACUUCCAGAAGAGAAUCCUUGUGGCUACGGACUUGUUCGGUCGAGGAAUCGAUAUCGAACGUGUGAAUAUUGUCUUUAACUACGAUAUGCCAGAUGGUUCUGAUACGUACUUACACAGAGUAGGUUUACCUUUGGAUUUAUUAAGGUUUUUUAGGAUUUAAAAAAAAGUAAAUUUUCUCCUAUAAUUUGAUAUACUAAUCAAUGUUGUUGUAGGUAGCACGUGCUGGACGUUUCGGUACAAAAGGCUUGGCUAUCACUUUCGUCUCCGACGAGACAGAUGCCGUCACACUGAAUGGAGUACAAGACCGAUUCGAUGUAACCAUCCCCGAACUGCCGGACGAAUUGGACAAGGGCACCUAUAUCGACGAGACUGGCGCCAACAACUAA